CGGUCUCUAUGGCGCAAGGCACGCCGGGUAGCGUCCCUUGGUUACUGUUGCUAGAAGGGGCCUCGCGCCCCCUCGCCGGUCUCCUCCGCCCAGAAGAAAGUUUCCUUGAGAGAAAUGGUGAAGCAAACGAUCCAGAUCUUUGCGCGGGUCAAGCCGCUGGGCAGGAGGCAGCCGCCUGGGAUAUAUUCAGUGGAUGAAGAUGAUACAUCCACAUUCAGUUUGGAGAUUAUUGUUCCACAUGAUUUGGCAGAUGGUUUUGUCAAUAAUAAACGGGAAAGCUACAAAUUUAAGUUUCAAAAAGUUUUUGAUCAGGAAUCAAAACAAGAUGAAAUUUUUGAAGCCAUUGCCAAGCCAGUUGCAGAAUGUGCUUUAGGUGGAUAUAAUGGCACUAUAUUUGCAUAUGGACAGACAGGCAGUGGUAAGACUUUUACCAUCACCGGGGGAGCAGAACGUUACAGUGAUCGCGGUAUUAUUCCACGGACAUUAUCUUAUAUUUUUCAUCAGUUGCAAAAGGAUAGCAGCAUGGUAUACACCAUCCAUAUUUCCUAUUUAGAAAUUUACAAUGAUUGUGGUUAUGAUCUGCUGGAUCCACGACAUGAAGCCUCCAAGUUAGAAGACUUGCCAAGGGUAACAAUAAUGGAAGAUCCUGAUCAGAACAUUCAUCUGAAACAUCUCUCCUUGCAGCAAGCAACUAAUGAGGAAGAAGCACUGAACCUUCUCUUUUUAGGAGACACCAAUAGGAUGAUUGCAGAGACUCCAAUGAAUCAAGCUUCUACACGUUCACAUUGCAUUUUCACCAUUCAUAUCUCAAGCAAAGAACCAGGUUCUGCAACCAUUCGACGCUCCAAACUGCAUUUAGUGGACUUGGCUGGUUCUGAGCGCGUUGGGAAGACUGGAGUUGGAGGCCAGCUACUGACAGAGGCCAAGUAUAUCAAUCUGUCAUUACAUUACUUGGAACAGGUAAUAAUUGCUUUGUCAGAGAAAAACAGAUCUCAUAUUCCAUAUAGAAACUCUAUGAUGACCUCGGUACUAAGAGACAGCCUAGGAGGGAACUGCAUGACCAUAAUGAUUGCCACACUUUCAAUAGAAAAAAGGAACAUAGAUGAAUCUAUAUCAACUUGUAGAUUUUCUCAGCGAGUUGCGCUUAUUAAGAAUGAAGCUGUUCUAAAUGAAGAAAUUGACCCCAGGCUGAUGAUUGUGCGACUUAAGAAGGAAAUCCAAGAGCUAAAAAAUGAAUUGACUUUGGUGACUGGGGAACAAAGAGCAGAAGAACUUACAGAGGAAGAACUACUACAGAUAGAUGAGCAGAUACAAAGUUUUUUGGAAGAUACAGAACCUGAGACCAUAUUGGAAGUUGGAGCUGAUAUGCGGAAGAUCAAAUACUGCUUCAGUUAUUUAAAGAGAUUGAUUAAUGAGGUGAAGCUUCCUAACAAUCAUCACCAUGUACCAAACAUUCUUGGAGAGAAAAAUGUUAAUAAUUCAAAUGGGGAUGAAGAGGUAAAGAAAUUGAGGGAUCUUCUGCAGCAACGAGACAAUGAAAUUAACAUUUUAGUAAAUAUGUUAAAGAGGGAAAAAAAGAAAGCUCAAGAUGCUUUUCUUCAAUUCAGUGCUCUAUCCAAGGAUAUCUCACCCUCAGAAAGUUCUAGUCUUUUGAAAAAUAUGGAAAGUGAGCAAAUGGCUUCAGUCACUUUGGAAACUAAAUCUGCCUUCCUUCCCAGGAGAACAGGAGGGAGAGGAGAAAUGUCACUUGGAUGCCAAGAAGCCUUUGAAAUAUUUAGAAGAGAUCAUGCCGAUAGCAUAACCAUUGACGACAAUAAACAGCUUCUUAAAGUAAGGUUUGCUGAAGCCAAAUCACUCGGAGAAAAAGUAAACGAAAUACGAAAUAAGAUCAACCAUCUGAAGGAAGAGAUAAUUCAGAGACACAUGCAAAAAGCAGCUCAAGCUGUUGUCAGUCCUCGAGAAAUGAAUGAACCUGAUCCAGUAGAAGAAGCACUUCGGGCACAAAUUGAAAAAGAGAAGAUAAGCUAUAAAACUAUGUUUACUCGCCUGAAAGGACUGAAGAUCGAAAUUGAACACUUGCAGCUACUUAUGGAAAAGUCAAAGCUGAAGUUGCAAAAAGACUUUGAAGUAUGGUGGUCUGCAAAUGCAAUAGACGUACAGAACCAGGAAGAAAAGCCAGUUUUGGUCAAUUCAACUAGUGUCUUAAAGUCUCCGCCUUUAGUCCUUGGAGCCCAAACAGAUCCUCCUGCUAUCAGGGUUCCAAAUAACAGCCGAGCCAGCUCCGAUAAAGAGUCUUCUGUGAGAAGCAAUACCAGCAGACUCAACAACUCAGUUUCUACGUCAAGAAUUUCUCCGAGUUCAAUUUCAUCCAUCCCCUUCACAGGAGAUAGUCAAACUGAUGCUGAUAUUCUGGCUUUCGUAAGAGCCAGACAAAAUCUCCUACUGAAGAAAGAAUCAAGAAACAAAUAAAUUUUGUCCAACAUAGGAGGAUGCCAUUUCAGUGCUUUCAGAUUAAAUACAACUGGAUAUUUCAGCUGCUGCAAAAUUCACAGGAAGGGAAAAUGCACGGGUUUUCUCCAAAGAAUGGCAUUCAACUUGUAUUUUCACCAUCUUUAUAACAACAGAAAAAUUAUGUGACACACAUUCUUGAAUUUGUUUGUGGGAAUUAGAUUACCAUUUUAUCUGGCCUGUAAAUGUCAUAUUUAUUUAGCACUGCAGGAGACACAUUCCCAUCUGUAACUCAAGCAGAAUUAUUUGCCAGGGAUGUUUUUCAUUUGUUGGAAUCUUAUGAAAGAAUUGUCUUAAUUCACAGCAGUUUGGACUUCUAUAUAUUUAGAUUUUUCUUGCCUUUCAUUUGCAUUGGCUUAAUAGCAUUGUGAAAAAUUGCAAAUAUUUUUCCUCACCUAAUUUAAUUUACAAAUGUUGACUGUAAUUUUUUUAAAUAAGUUUGUGGAAAGCCAGUGUAUAAGUUAUCAAUUAUAAUACAGCAUUAUUAGAAUUAUAAUAGAUCAAUUAGAAAAUAAAUGGUUGCCAUUUAAACUGUGGUCCAUGAACUGCUAGGUGAUCAUGAAUUUUGUAUUUUUAACUGUUGGAUUAUUUUUUCCCACAUUUGUUAUAUUUUUCCCUACAUAUUAGGCCCUUCAGACAAUGGACUAACUUCCCUUUUAUUCAUGGACACCGCAUAACAUUGUGUGGUGUCAAGAAACAUCUGUAUUUAAAUAUCAUUUUUAGAUCAGAAUCUCAGUUGGAAUAAUGACUGCCUUUCUAUCACAAACAGAUAAUUAAUGAGUUUAUAAGGAAAAUAUACUGAUUUCCCCCCAUUAUAUUGGUAAAGCCCACAGUCUGUAACAGACAUAGGGCUGCUAAAUUUUGGGAAAAGAUAGAAGCAUCUUCCUAUUAAGAUUUCUUGGAGAACAUGUGCAUGCAAUUGAGGUUAUUCCUUGACAUACAAGAACAGAGACCAAUAUCUGUAAAAGGACGAUAGAUUUAUAAGAUUAGCCCUCUUUCUAAACUAUAGGAAUGAAAAGGUAAUUCAUAGUUUUUCCACAUGACCCAUUUGUUCAAUUAUAGUAUAAUAUAUUUUUUCUGUCUUUCUAUAUUCUUUUAAAAUUUCUUUUAAAAUUAAGCUUGGAAAACAGAAAAAAGUUCAAUUUCUUUUUUCCCAAAUUAUUUCCCAUUUUGAUAUAAUGUUGCUAUGAAAUAUUCUAAUUAUGGUGUUAAAUGGGUGAUUCGAUAUAAAAUAAAAGAGAUGGCAAGAUGAAACGUCUUCAGACCCAACAUGAGUAAACUUCCCCCUACUGCUCCUUGUAAUUUUCCUCACCUACCCCAAAGAACUUUCUACUACCAAGUCCAUACAGCUCCUCCAUCAUUUCAAGUAAAGUCUGGGAAUGGUAUCCUCUACCUUCAGAAUGUGAGCACCUAUUGAGAUCUAAUUUUGGGUGCCCCUGUACCAAAGUGAUGAAAUGUCCUGGUCCCCCUGAUUAAUUCAGAUGUCUCCGGCUGGUAUUAAUGGUGAUACUUGUAAGCUAUGCAUUGAUUCCACUGUUGACUCAGAAGGGAGAACUAGGUAUAGUAUAUAGUUCAAGAUCAAGUCUAGGAAUCACAUGUCUCUCCGAGUAGCUAUGUUGACCAGAGCUGAUGGGACUUGCAGUCCAUUUCCAUUUCAAGGUCUGCUUAAUUGCUACCCUUGUUCCAGAAAGAACAUUCACUAUGUGGUUAGUCCGCAAAGUGGCACUCUGCUCAGAUAUCAUCCAACAAAAUCUGCAGUUACAACAAAGGUAAACCAGCCAUUCAACUCCUGGCCCAACACAAGUUCCAAUACACUGUGAACAAAUGUCAACCUAAGUUUGGCAAUGUAACUUAUUGCUGACCAGGUUCAUAAAAAUAUCUUGGGGAUUACAUUAUGUUGAUUUUAAUGGGAUAUACCUUUGGCUGUAUUUCUAAGGCUAUGUAACUGCUGUAGUUGUGAGUAUUGAUUACUUUCCCCUCCAAUAUCAGAAUAAAUAAUGUUCUGACUAGUUAGAAAAGCAGUUGGGGGUAGGGGGUUGUCCUCAAUUAUUCUAGACCAAUGCACUUUGUUCCUCAUUUGUCACUGGAUUAUGCAUACUGUAGUUUUGGGAAACCCUGAAACUCUAGGAUUUAUUCAGAAAUAAACCUACUGGUUUCAAAAGGACUUAAUCCAUCUUAAAUGUCUAAUUAUAAUCAACAUAAAUCUAAAGAAGUUAAAUCUUACUGUGUGUAAAAAAGGUUAACAUCUGGCUCAGUGUGCACAGGAUUGCAAUUCUAUUAUACAAUAAAAUGACAUGCCCUGAAAAAA